UACACACUAUAUUACGGUUACGGGCAAUGACGGCAAACAAUGGCGGCACCCGGUGGGAACGCUUAGAUUCAUGUUUUGUAAUACCUCUCUUCACAGCAAUUUACCUAUUGUUCUGAUACUUCUGCAAUAUUGAACACUCCUGUAUGAUUAAAAAAACGUUUUCGUGACCAGUAAAACGGAUCACAUUGUUAACUCUGAUAUGAGGGCAGUUGUUGUCAUGAAACUUUGACAUGUUGGCACAGAAACUGCACCUGCUCCGACACAACGUCCUGUCAUUUGUAUCCUCUCGGACUGGCAGUGACCUCACCAGGCGCCAGUAUGAUGUCAUCGUGGUGGGGGGAGGACAUGCUGGGACUGAGGCGGCGGCCGCAGCAGCCAGAUUGGGAGCAGAGACCCUCCUCAUUACCCAGAAGAUCAUGACUAUCGGGGCCCUCUCCUGUAACCCCUCUCUGGGGGGCGUAGGGAAGGGCCAGCUGGUGAGGGAGGUGGAUGCUCUGGAUGGUCUGUGUGGGCGAGCAGGCGACUGGGCCGGGGUCCACUUCUCCAUCCUAAACCGCAGCAAAGGGCCCGCUGUGUGGGGCCCCCGGGCACAGCUGGACCGGGAACGCUACCGCCAGUUCAUCCAGUCAGAAUUGCUGUCCACUCCCAGGCUGACAGUGUUGGAGGGCUCAGUGGAUGAGUUGCUGGUGUCACAACCCAACCCAGAGGAGCCUGGACACCACAGAGUCACUGGGAUAAGACUGGUGGAUGGAAGCCACCCCAUCUUGUCCAGCUCAGUGGUACUUACCACUGGCACUUUCCUGUCCGGCUCCCUCUUCAUGGGCCAAACCACCUCUCCCGGGGGGAGGAUGGGGGACGCCCAAUCAUGUGCCGGACUUUCAUACACACUGAAAGAGACAUUGGGGUUGAGGGUGGGUCGGCUGAGGACUGGCACACCCCCUCGGAUAGUGAAGGAGUCUGUAGAUCUGUCCUUGGCUCAGCUCCAAGCCCCGGACAAACAGCCCACUCCCUUCAGUUUUCUCAACACGCACACCCGCUGCAAGCCAGAAGAGCAGCUCCCCUGCUAUCUGACCCACACCACACCUGGAGUGGAGAGAGUGGUCAGGGAGAGUGUCCACCUCAACUGUCACAUACAGCAGGACACCAAAGGUCCCAGAUACUGUCCCUCCAUCGAGUCGCGGGUGCUGCGGUUUCCGGGGCGACGGCACCAGGUGUGGCUGGAGCCGGAAGGUUUGACCUCUGACCUGUUGUACCCCCAGGGCCUGUCCAUGACCAUGCCCCCUGACCUGCAGCUCCGCCUCCUUAGGGAGAUCCCCGCCUUGCACCGAGCCGAGAUCCGCACUCCUGGUUACGGGGUGCAGUAUGACUUUGUGUGCCCCACCCAGCUGACCCCGUCUCUGCAGGUGAAGAGCACUCAGGGGCUCUUCCUCGCGGGUCAAAUCAACGGCACCACGGGCUAUGAGGAAGCAGCCGCACAAGGCUUGUGGGCGGGGGUGAAUGCUGGUCGGACGGCCCUCUCCCUUCCCCCCAUGGCACUGUCUCGUACCCAGAGCUACAUCGGGGUGCUGAUCGAUGACUUGGUGGGCCGAGGGGUGACAGAACCUUACCGUAUGUUCACCAGCCGCGCCGAGUUCAGAACCUACCUCAGGCCCGACAACGCAGACCUCCGUCUCACCCCCAGAGGGUUUGAGGAGGUGGGCUGCGUGACUUUGCGGCGAUACAAGAAAGCGGUAAGUGUGAGGGACGGCCUCCAGGAAGCCCUGAUGGCCCUGCAGUCCGUGGCUCUAUCCUCCACCCGUUGGAGAGAGAAGCUGGGCAACAUCAGCCUGAGUGAGAACAAGAGCACCACCUUAAAUGGUUUGGAUCUGUUGCAAUACAAAGAUGUGUCCUUUGAAAUGUUGGCCUCUGCCUUCCCAGAGUGCCUUUCUCAAUAUUUUGAGUACUCACAACGACUCAAGAUUGAAGCUGUGUACAGACCCCACUGCGAGAAGCAGAGUCGAGAGAUGGAGAGAAUACAGAGGGAGGAAAGUCUGUCUCUCCCCUCUGACAUGGACUACCUCUCCUUACCAGUGUCCCUCUCUCAGGAGGUCAGAGAGAUACUGGACCGAGUCAAGCCCAACACUCGAAUCAUGGGGAACUGGGCCAGGUCGGGCGUCCGUAGUAUAUCCGACUCGUUGAAGAACUCCUCGUCCAACUUGAGGUGAGUAAUCCCAGGUCUGAUGUCCGGAAGCAGCAACAGUAUGUACAAAACAAGUUACGAACAACGCUUAAAGACAAACAAAAUGGCAUGGUUGGUUAAGAGCCGAUAAGAUGGCGGCGCCAACUCUGAAGCAUUUAUUUGGGCUGCAAUCUGAGGCGCAGUUAACACUAAUGAAGUUAUCAUUUUAAGAAGGCAUACCAGGCGACUACCUCAUGAAGCUCGUCAAGCGUGUGCAAAGCUGUCAUCAA